GUCUUUCUUUUUUUUAAAGCUCUUAGCAGUAACUUAGCACCCAAAAAAAUCCUUUUGCUUAUUUAUGCAGUGUUUUAAUGCAGAUGCUCUGGGUAUCUUCGCCCUUGAGGGAUCAGCUGAAGGUCGUCGCGCGAGGUUUCGGUCGUUGCGGUCGUUGGAUGCGAUUUUCUACCGGAUAUUCAAAAGCAUUGCGGUCUCCGGUUUGCGGUGUUUUGGUUGACACUCGCUCAUUUUCCUAUUUAGCUAGAGAUAAGAGUAAGACAGAGGUAAAUAUGGGCAAAACACAUAAAAUUGUAAUGAUUCGUCACGGAGAGAGUGAGUGGAAUCAAGAAAACAAAUUCUGUGGAUGGUAUGAUGCCAACCUUAGCCCGAAAGGCAUCGAGGAGGCCAAGUCAGCAGGAGAGGCACUCAAAAAGGCACAGAUGAAAUUUGACAUCGCACACACAUCUGUCCUGACCCGUGCCAACAAGACGCUGGAUACCAUUCUUGAGAUCCUGGGCCAGAAGGAUAUCCCCAUCAAGAAGACAUGGCGCCUCAAUGAGCGCCACUACGGCGGGCUGACCGGUCUUAACAAGGCAGAGACGGCUGCCAAGCACGGCGAGGAACAGGUGAAAAUCUGGCGGCGCAGCUUCGACAUCCCACCGCCGCCCAUCACGCCCGACAACCCCUACUACAAGGUGAUCCUGGAGGACCCGCGCUACAAGGACGGGCCCAGCAAGAGCGAGUUCCCCAUGUUCGAGUCGCUCAAACUGACGAUUGAGCGGACGCUGCCGUACUGGAACGACACGAUCGUGCCUCAGAUCCGCCAGGGCAAGAGCAUCCUGAUCGCCGCCCACGGCAACAGCCUGCGCGGCAUCGUCAAACACCUCGAACAAAUGUCCGACGAGGCCAUCAUGGGUCUCAACCUGCCCACGGGUAUUCCGUUCGUUUACGAGCUGGACGAGCACAUGCGCCCCAUCAGGAAGAUGCAGUUCCUCGGCGACCCGGAGACGGUCAAAAAGGCCAUGGAGUCGGUGGCCAACCAGGGCAAGGCCAAGUGAGCGGCCGGCCCGCGCGCUCUAGUCACUGCUGUGGACGGCACGGCCCUCCCGCCCCGUGUGUGGCGCCCGCCCCGCCAGAGGUGCUGUCCACUGGGCGUCUGGCGGCGCCGACGGCAGCGGACUCUAAAUUAUUGCCGACAGUCGCCGUGAUAAGUGUGCAGUCACGUUUCAGUGUUCGCGUUAUUUGCGGAAGCGGUGAAGUUUCAGAUGUGUAGCUGAAUUGGAUGUUGCUGCUAAAUUGAGGAUGUUUUUAUUGCCUCGGCUUAGCGUGAAGACCCCAUCCUUUGAUGUACUCUGUUGGCUGGCUGGAUAUGGAUGCCGAUGUAGCCGAUUUACACCUACCACAGCGUAUAGACCCAGCCCGUGUUGUUAUCGUUGGACAAGAUAAUAAAUUGCAGGUGACAACCGACA